AUGAUGGCCGAACAGGGGUUCUCAUCAUCACCACUGUGGUUGAACUGGAUCCCACAUGGCCAAUUUGUGGUAGAGCAGGGGCUCCCACACGGGGUUACAGCGGUCGAGCAGGGGCUCCCGCUUCAAGCGUCGACGGACGAGUAUGAGUUACUCCCGUCACGCGAUUUUGACAUCCUGGAUGAGGACAUCCAGUGUCUAGAGGGGGGUGACGGAUUGUCAUUAGCUGCGGAUCGCCAGCUUCGACCAUGA